UCUUUCCUGCAGAGAUGAAUUUUAAGAAUGAAUUAAGUGUGGCUGCAUCACCACCGAGGUGUAAGCCUGUGUUUUCAGUUGGAGGGGAUGACUCUGUGGACAAGCUGGUACAAAAGUUCUACAAAGAGGAUAGUAAUUCCUUUCGUGGAAUCAAAACAGUUCCAGAAACAGUCUGUGAGGAACUAUUUCGUGGUCAUCCAGGUUUGGAAAACCUGCUCCCUGGAAUGAAACCUGGAGGAAGAAAGGGGAUUCUGAUAUUCUCCAGAAGCUGGGCUGUUGAUAUAAACUUACCAAAGCACAAUGGUGUAAUAUGUGAUGCCCUGCUCCUGGCCACGGGUGGAGCUCCACUGCUCUAUACUAUUGUCAGAGAAGAAGAUGAUGCAAUAACUGAGUAUUCACGAAACACAGCCAUGUCCAUCAAACAAAAGCUGGUGAAUGUGGGUGGAUAUGCAGGAAAACUCUGUGUCAUUCCUAAAAUCCUUCACUAUGUAGACCCUGAAAUGGCUAAACAUGGUAAUGCAAGCAGUCAGCAGCAGACUGAACAUGUGUUACAAGUUCGGUACCCACCAAGUUAUGAAGACUUAACAAAAGAUAACAUCACAAAAUUGCUGAAAGCAGUCACCAUUGUCCUACUACAAUUCACGUCUGUCCUAAGUGAUAAGAUUGGCAGUGAAUUUCUCAAUCUACUAUCAUUCCAGCAAUUUCAGAUCCUUCAUUCAAAACACGACAUUGAGAACUGUAAAAAACUGUUUAUACAUGGUCUUCCUGGAACUGGGAAAACAGUUAUGGCUGAACAUCUCGUCAGAAGAAUUAUCAACACCUUCCACUGUACAAGAGAUGAAGUUCUUUACAUUUGUGAAAAUAGUCCAUUGCAGAUAUUUAUGAGCCGAAGAUUGGAUUGUAUGUGUGUUACAAGGACAACGUUUAUGAAAGAUGAGUUUCCAAAUGUUAAACAUAUCGUCGUUGAUGAGGCUCAAAACUUCCGUAAUGAAGAUGGUGCCUGGUAUAAUAAGGCUCAGGCUCUCAGAACAAACAAAGAAACGCAUCCUAAUGGACCAGGAGUCUUCUGGAUUUUCAUGGAUCAUUUCCAAACUUCCCACAUUUUUCCGACUGGAUUACCCACAAUUGAUGAUCAAGAUCCGAAAGAGGAGUUGACUAUAGUGGUUCGGAAUGCAAAGAAAAUACACAAGGUUGUCCUUGAACAUGUCAAUAAGAGUUUAAAAUCUAGGAUAGAAGGAUCUAGAUUUCUGAAAAGGUUAGCUCGAAGUACCAUAUGCAAUCACUCAUUUGCAGGGAAGACUGAAAUAAUUACUAAAAUGACACAAAUGGAGAUUGUCAAGUACAUAGCAAAGCAAAUACAAUACUACAUUCUGGAAGGCUAUGCACCUGAAGAUAUAGCCAUCCUGUGUAGUACUAACAUAGAAUGUGAAAGAUGUAUCAUGGACCAACUACUUCCUGUGGACAUGGAUGAAAUUCAGCAUGUCUUCCGUGACUCCUGCAUAUUGUCUGGUUGCAUCACAGCUUGGUUUGGAACAGCACUGCCGAGAACAAAGAAAUUCGGACAGUUCUACAUGUAG